AUGGAUAUUCUUAGGGCUGAAAUAGCUAAAAAAAGAAAGCAGUUAGAAGAGAAAGAUAUUUUGAAGCCAUCAAAAAAAUAUUUUAAAAGAAGUGAACUCCUAGCUAAGGAACAUGAAGAAUAUUUGAAAAAAUAUGGUCCAAGUAUUACCGAUAAUGAAGAGAACAAUGAGACAGAAAACGCUGAGAAAGCCAAAAAGCAAGAGAAUGAAAGUGAACAAACGGAAAGUAUAUCAUUGCCAAGAGCAGAGGUUGUCAAAAGGUUAAGGGAUCGCGGACAUCCUAUAAUAUUAUUUGGUGAAAGUGAAUUACAAUCAUUUAAAAGAUUGAGAAGAAUAGAAAUUCAGGAACCAGAAGCUAAUAGGGGUUUUAGAAAUGAUUUCCAAGAAGCUAUGGAACAAGUAGAUCAGGCAUAUCUAGAUGAAAUAUUGGCAUUGGGUACUCAGAAUGACAGUGAAAAACUGCAAAAGGAAGAUGCUCUAGAUGAUUCAGUUACAUAUGAAUACAUACAGGAAAUGUCUGUAACUAUGGGAAAAGGAGAUAGAAACCAUGAUAUGAAUGUUAUCAUGACAUUAUUGCAGUUUCUACUCAAGCUUUGGGGACAACAGCUAAAUGCAGCCACAGGUGAUCAGAAGACUGCAAUAAAACACAAAAUGACAAGGGCAACAUAUACACAAACCCAAGUUUAUCUUAAACCUUUAAUGAGGAAAUUAAAAAAGAAAAAUCUUCCUGAAGAUAUAUGUGACAGUCUUACAGAAAUAACAAAACAUUUGCUGGAUAGAAAUUAUAUUAUGGCAAGUGAUGCUUAUCUACAGAUGGCUAUUGGUAAUGCACCAUGGCCUAUUGGUGUUACCAUGGUUGGUAUCCACGCACGUACAGGUCGUGAAAAGAUUUUCUCAAAGAAUGUGGCUCACGUGAUGAACGAUGAAACUCAGAGAAAAUAUAUUCAGGCUUUGAAGAGAUUAAUGACAAAAUGUCAAGAAUAUUUCCCAACAGAUCCAUCUAGAUGUGUAGAAUAUAGUACCAAUAAGUGA